GUUGCGUCCUCGAAACAUACCCUCGGCCUAGCUUCUCCGAUGCAGCGUGAACAAGCAGACAAUCAGCCUUUCAAUUCUACCGAUGUCAAAUAGAUCCUUCGGAUAUCUGGCCUCGGUUGAGUUCAAGGUCGUGUGACGCAGGUAGAGGCAUGAUAAGCAGCAUUGGCAGUCCCACAAACCGGGUAGAUCCCAGCGGGAAGGAUGCGAGCCCUAAACCAAUGCAAGACGUGAGGUGGGGUAUACCACCAUCAUUGGUGGAAGGAGCGAUCAUUUUCCCUGCGGGGCCCCAGAUUUGAACCGAGUUGACAAUACGACAAGGUACUGCUCCGGAGGGUGAUGAAAAUGUACGUCUCACUGAUCAACAAUAUAUAACUCGGAUCUGAUCCGAAUGAAUUGUGGAGAUACGCCGCUCUACAAGAUCGGUUGACAGCAAACAUGAAACCCAAGGUCUAUCAAUUCUUUCUGGCUCUUUUUGCUGCCUUUGGUAGUUUUCUAUACGGAUUUGACCUUGCAGUUAUUGCCUCAGUCGUAGCUUCCGACUCUUUCGAAGAUGAAUUCCUCCACACCAAUGCUACUACCAGAAGUGGCACCAUUGUUUCUCUCUUUACUGCUGGCGCCUUCUUUGGUUCUUUCGUUGCCGGUUUCUGUGAUCCUCUCGGUCGUCGUGGUACCCUUGCACUCGGCGGAUGUUUGUUCCUGGUCGGCGGCGUUCUUCAAACUGCUGCUAAAGCUGUGGAGAUGCUUUACAUUGGUCGUCUGAUCGCCGGAUUUGGUAUUGGCAUCUUGGUCAUGAUUAUCCCACUGUUUCAAGCCGAGAUCGCUCAUGCAAGUAUCAGAGGUAUCUUGACUUCUCUGCAGCAAACCAUGCUCGGCAUUGGAGCUCUUUGUGCUUCAUGGAUUGGAUAUGGCUGUUUCACUCACUGGGCAAAUACCGGCAACUCCGCUCAAUGGCGAAUCCCUCUCGGCCUUCAAAUGGUUCCAGCCAUUGGACUUGUCGCGUUCAUUUACACCUUUCCCGAAAGUCCACGCUGGCUUAUCGACCAUGGCAGACCAGAAGAAGGCCUUCGUAACCUUGCCAGACUGCAUUCUAACGGUGACAUCAACGAUGCCUACGUCCGCGCCGAAUUCGACAUUAUGCAAGCUCAAAUCAGUGAAGAGCAUGAACACGCCGCAAAAUCGUACAGAGAGCUCUUCCGUAAUCGCUCGAAUACCCGAAGGAUCAUCUUGGCUUGCGCAUGUCAGGUGUCUACCCAGAUGACAGGUGUCUCGGCGAUUCAAUACUUCUCUCCUGCCAUCUUUGCACAGAUUGGUAUCUCCGCUGGAAACACGCUUCUGUACCAAGGCAUCAACUCAAUCAUCGGCGAGCUCGCUCAAUUCAUAUUCUUCUUUCUCAUCGACCGUGUUGGCCGUCGCCCACUUCAGAUUGGAGGAAAUCUUGCUUGCGCAGUCGCAUUCAUCAUCGGGGCUGCUUUGUUGGCGGAAUAUCCACCUUCCACCACGAACAAUGCCGCACAUUGGGCCUUCAUCGCUGCCAGUACAUGGCUCUUCAACUUCUGCUUUUGUGCUUCAGGCACAAUGUCUUGGAUUAUUCCCGCCGAGAUCUUCAACACGGCUACAAGAACAAAGGGUGUUUCGCUGGCGACUAUGUUGUCAUUCGCAUUCAACACUAUGAUCGGUCAAGUCACACCCAUCGCCCUGGCAGCUAUAGGCUGGAAAUUCUACAUCCUGUUCAUUGUUUGUGAUGUUGGAAAUGCGGUAUUCUUUUACCUGUUUUUGCCAGAGACCAAGGGGUUGACUUUGGAAGUGAUGGAUGAUUUGUUUUCCAAUAGUGCGUGGAUUGUACCCGGAAGUACAUGGCAGCCUAGUGUGGAGGUUGAUGUCAACUACCUGGCUGCAAAGACAAGCUUCCUUGAGGAGGGGGGUGUUGAGAAAGGAACGGUGCAGCUGGUAGAGGUUGAGAAGGUGUGAAGCGACCAAGCAUCGGGAUCUUUCAAGUUUUAGCUCCUGAGUGUCCACAUAAGUCUCGAUAGGAAUGUUCAAUUAUCGUCGCUGC